CAAAGGGCUGGGUCAGAAAGAAGAUUUAAGAAAGAGGAAGCGGGGCAGACUUCAGACACGACUUGGUCGACAUUAUCAUCCUGCUUCUCGACAGUCUCCGCAGCCUGCCUGCUCGCCGCCGGCCCGCCCGCCUUUUAGCGAUCACAGAGAGGCUUUGCCGUGCUGUUAAAGAGGAAUCAACAUUGGCUUUUGGCGAUUUAAGGGGAAAAUUCUAGUCUCAACAAGAUAAUUGGGUAACAACGAUACAAGAUGGCAAACAUGCUUCGAGAGAUUCAGGAGAUUGGCUCACAUGCCGUGGAUAUAUAUGACUACCUCUUGGCUGGAGUUGAUCCGCGGCUGAAGGAUUAUCCACUCAUGCAGAGUCCUAUUUACAUGUCUGCAAUAUUGCUUUGCUACCUGUUCUUUGUACUGCAUCUUGGACCUCGAAUAAUGGCCAAUCGCAAACCCUUCCAGCUAAAAGAAGCCAUGAUAGUCUACAAUUUCCUGCUAGUGGCACUGUCAAUAUUCAUCGUCUACGAAUUCUUGAUGUCUGGUUGGGCCACAACGUAUACCUGGCGAUGCGACGCAGUUGAUACGUCUGACAGUCCUGAAGCAACACGAAUGGUCAGGGUGGCCUGGCUGUUCUGGUUCUCCAAGAUUAUUGAGCUCAUGGACACAGUCUUCUUCGUGUUGAGGAAAAAGCAUGGUCAGAUCACCUUCCUACACAUCUUCCACCACUCCUUCAUGCCCUGGACCUGGUGGUGGGGUGUUUCGUAUGCUCCUGGUGGAAUGGGAUCUUUCCAUGCCAUGGUGAACUCCUCCGUCCAUGUCAUCAUGUACUUCUACUACGGCCUUGCUGCUGCUGGACCACGCUUCCAGAAGUUUUUGUGGUGGAAGAAAUACAUGACUGCCAUUCAGCUGGUCCAGUUUGUUCUGGUAUCCCUCCACGCCACCCAGUAUUACUUCAUGGACAGCUGUGACUACCAGUUCCCCAUGGUCCUCCACCUCAUCUGGAUGUAUGGAACCUUCUUCUUCGUGCUCUUCUCCAACUUCUGGAUCCAGGCUUACGUGAAGGGUAAGCGGUUGCCGAAACAGGACGUUAAGCAGUGUCAGAACGGCACAGCUGUCUACACCAACGGCAAACACCACGAGAACGGCAACGGCAUCAACCACGGAGCCACCAACGGCUCCACCCGCCACGAGAACGGCAGCACUCACAUGGGCAAGAUGAAGAAGGCCUAAGAUAUCCCAAAGAUAACUUUUGGCUGUCUUUCUUUUCCUGUUUUUAGUUUUAUAUGCAAAACAUUGGGAAAUGACUUGGUCAAUGAUUUCCACAGUUGGGGUUCCACAUUUGUUCUUUAAGUUGGGAAACCAUUUAUGGAUCACAAUGUAUGAAGAGAAGAUGUUCUGACCUAAAUGUUAUCUUCACUGAUGUUGCAACCACCUCCUAGCUCAGUUUCACGUCACCCCACUUGCCCUCACCCCACUUAUCCGACACCCAAUGUCCUCCUGACCCCCUGUGGACAGACGACUGUACAGUUUCUAUCAGACUUGAAAAUAGUUUUUGUAAAUAGUUUUACAACACCAAAAAAAAAAAACUAAUUGUAUUGGUAUACUUUAGACUUCCUAAAUUUUGUUACAUUGUGUAUUUAAAAUUUAAGAU